AUGGAUUAUCCAAAGGGACUUGAUCCAUAUAUAGCAAGACAACAUCUUCUUCAUCAUACAUUCUCCCCCUUAAUUUCAAUUCAAGCAACUCAUAAUGUUGAUCAAUAUUUCCAAUCCGUGUUAUCAACUCAAUUAUCAACAUUACAAAUCUUAAAACCAUAUGGAAAUAAUGCGAAAUAUAAUAUACCGUCACAACAAUUUAAGAUCAUAAAUACUCAAUUGAUAACUAAGAAUUAUGCUAGUUUUCCAAUUAGAUUUGAACCUAGUUUACCUGAAUUAUUAUCGAUAUCGCAUGCUAGUCGAAGUAGUGAAGAUAAUAGAGGUAGAUUGACAUCUUCAUCUUCUCCUGUGUUGCCAAGUGCGGGAUUAAAUCCUAGUCAUAAUACUGUUACUACUCAAUUUGGAAUGGGGACUACGUUGACACAAUUGUUUAGUAUAACUUCGUUAGAAAUGUAUUUAAGACAUGUUGCCAAGACAUUACCACCAGGAGAUGGAGGAAGUGGUGAUAGAGGAAGUGAUAUUUAUUUAACAUUUUUAGAUAAAUUCAUAACUUCAAACCAAAUAACAUCAUUUGAAACAUUUAAUCAUCCAAUUGGUCAAAUAUUUAUUAUUGAUUUAGAAAAAGAUAAUCUUGAUAUUUUAAGACGUCAAAUUGUUGAAUUUAGGAAUGUCAAUUUUCCGAAAUUUUUCCAAAUUGAUGAUUUAUUAGUUCAUGUGUUUAUAAUAUAUGAUGAAACUAUUCCAGAUUCUUACAAAAGACUUGAACAAUUCCAAAAUGAAAUCAGGAAUAAAUUGAGUUUAGACAGUACUGGUCUAUCAAUCUCCGCCACCACCGCCCAAUCAGAAUCAAAAAUCACAGUAUCACUAAUUGAAAACUCCACAAUUGAAGAAGACCUCCAACGAUUCGCAUUAGACGAUCAAAACGACAAUACUUCUCGACAAUUAGAAAUCCCAAAAUCAAUCGAUUCAACCAUUCGUAAUAAACUAUAUGAUUAUAUAAAUAAAUUCUUAAUCCCUCAUAUGCAAGCAAAAAUCCGCCAAUGGGAUGAUCAAGUCCUUCAACCCAAAAGAUCAAUCACAUCAAGAUUUUUUUCAGCAUCAAGGAAAUUCUUUACCAAUUCAAGUAGUAGUGAUUCCAAUCUCCCGGGGACUUCCAUAACUCCAUCAGGUACAACUUCUCAUUAUAACUAUGAAGGGAAUUAUUAUUAUAAAACCUCUCCAGAACAAACGAUACGAAAAUUGGCGGAUUGGUCUUUGAUUUUAAAAGAUUUCAAAUAUGCUUAUUCGACCUAUGAUUUAAUCAAGAAGGAUUAUACCAAUGAUAGAGCAUGGUGUUAUGUUGCCAGUGUACAAGAGAUGUGUAUUGUUUCAUUAUUAUUAGCUCAAACUCAACAAAACUUGAAUCCAAGUUUAAAACCUCCCGUACCUGAUAAAAACACCUUACGAAAAAUUAAACAUGAUAUUGUGGAACCAUAUAUUGAUAAUUUAACAUAUACAUUCAAAUCACGACUUAAUUUAAAAACCUAUAGUUUCCGAUCAUUAAUCAUCGUAAUUGAAUUAUUAUUAUGUAUGUGUCAAGUAUUUAAUAUUUCAUAUUGGUUUAAUGAUUUGAUUGAACGAUAUUUAAUCAAAUUAAUCGCCGAAUUUCAAGGCCAUUUAACUUCAAGUCUAUCCAGUCGAAAUUCGGAAUAUCUGAUCAUAAAAGCAAUUUUGUAUGAAAGAUUAGGAUAUAGUUUUGGUCAUUGUGUUUAUUUAUCCGAUGAAAAUCUCCAACAAUUACACCAACCCCCAUCUCACCCCAAACUUGAUGAAACAACCCAUGAUCAAGACGAUGAGGAUGAAGAAAAUUACAUCAAUCCUCAUAAAUUACACCCGGGGAAGUAUAAUUCAACAAAUGGAUUAAUGAGAUAUAGAAAAUCGGCAUUGUGGUAUUUGUUAGCGCUUAAAGAAUGGAUAGUUCUGGGAAGUAAUUAUAAUCAGAUUCGACAUUUGGUGGAGAAUAUUAAAUUAAAUUAUGAUUUGGAUGGGGAAGACCAGUUGUGGUAUACUAGACCGGAUUUAUUACUUGGGUUGAUUAAAACUAUGAAAAAUUCGAUUGAUAAACCUUUAUAG